AUGAUUCGUCGUCGUCUUCUGCGAUUAACCACCCAAUCCAGCGACAGGCUUUUCCUUCGUACUCCAAUGUCCCGAAUCUCCCCUCGAAACUCAAACUCCUCUGCGGGAUCAUCGCCACAACCCCCGUCGCCUUCCAUAGAGAAAGUCCUCGACGGCUCCGGCAUCGGCGUCACCCAGGCCGAGGUUGAGCAAGUUCUCAAGCUCUCCUACUCUUUCCCGGCCCCUACCGUCAAGUUCUUCAGGUGGAGCGGGUUGCGGCUCGACGACGAUCAUUCCCCUUACGCUUGGAACCUCGUGGUCGACCUUCUGGGUAAGAAUUGCUUGUUCGACGCAAUGUGGGAUGCUAUCAAGUCCAUGAGAUGGAAAGGAUGA